AUGGAGCAAGAACGUGUUCACAUUGAUGACAACGUAACUGUCCUUAGGCAAAUGUAUGCGAAAAUUCCUUUAAACAAAAAUAAAAAAACGAUAGCGUAAGUUAUUUGAAGCUAACUGAAAAGAAACAUUCCCGAAACAUUUAUUUUCGCGUCGACUCUUCGCUUUAAAAAAAAGAAAGAAAGAAAAAAGAAAAUAGAUUGGAUGCAAUAUCGCCUUUCACUUAAAAAUUCUACGAUGCAAUGUUUAGUUUAUUGGAAUAUACUCGGAUCGAUCGUAUGUUAGCCGAUAAGAGGACAUUGUUUUAGAGACAUCGAGCAAGAUAUUCUUUGCAUAUGUUACACGGAGACCUAUGACUUUUUGGCGGCAGGCCUGACAGAUGGUUCGGUGAAACUGUACAAAACCAGCUCGGACGAAGUGUUGACGCUGUGCGACGUUGAAAUGUUGCAGCAACCAGCUCCGACGACCGCGGUUAAGCACAGGCCUGUCCACAGAUCUCAUCCAAUCUCGUGCACCGACAUACUUGAUCGACUCGUAGAUGCUAAUGGCUGCGUCAAGUGUUGGCAUUAUCCAACGUCACAGUGCCUUUACACGAUACGAGAGAAUAGGCAGAUAUUAGGUUUGACUUACCAUCUUCAUCUGCCAAAGUUCGUAACCACAGGCGACGACGCGAAGCUCGUCCUUUACGACGAAGAGACGAAAACGCAGGAAAGAGUGUUUCACGCGAGCGAGUCGUUGGAAGUCAUGGACGGCCAUACAUCUAGAGUGUUCGGCGUAUGUUUCAACCCUAGAUCAUCACACGAGCUGAUCAGCGGCGGUUGGGACAAUACCAUUCAAUUCUGGGACAUUAGGCAACCGUAUUCUCUCAGGAGAAUAUCGGGCGUGCACAUGUGCGGCGACGCGCUCGACAUCAGCAGGAACGGGAAAGAGAUUUUGUCGUGCUCGUGGCAAAGGGAGAAUCCCAUCCAGUUGUGGGACUACGAUAGCGGAAAGCUGCUUGCUUCCUUGGAACCCGACAGUUAUCCCUCCCUGCUCUACUGUGGCAAAUACGUGUCGAACAUGUUCAUCGCUUGCGGUGGUACAAAUGCCAAUCUCUUCAGAGUGGUCGACUUACGAUCUCACGCUACAUUGGCAAUGAUCAGGAAUUUCAAAGGUGGUGUGUACAGCAUGGACGUUGGCCCGAUAAACCCGACGCACGCGAAGAAAUCGAGGAUUCUCUCGGUGGUGCCGCAGCUUGCGUUCUGCGCUGGCAGACGGAUAUUCGAGAUAGACGCUCAACCAGCUUGA